AUGAAAUACAUCUCUGUUGUCAUUUUAUUAUUUACAACUUUAUUGCUCAACACUUACAAUGCCAAGGAAGAAAAUUCAUUAGAACCAACGUCAACUCUAUUCAACUUCACCGAUCCUGAAAUCACAACAGUAUUUGAAAAUUGGACUGAGGUAUCAGAUGCUAUUCUCAUUGGAGGGCGAUCUAAAGCUACAAUCGUACACCUAAAUGGAACAUAUUAUCAAUCGGCAUUAUUGUUAUAUCUACUCAACCCACGGGAAAAUGGAUCAAGUUUCGCUGGUGUCUACAGGAUAUUGGAUACUCCGGAUAUUUCAAAAUAUACAGGUGUUUUGAUUGAUCUACAUAGACAAGGUUUAAAUUCUAAAUUCCAAUUUGUACUCUUUGGCGAAUGUUCAGAUAUACGAAAUUGUGAAUCACAUGAGUCGCAAUUUGAGACAUCUGGAGAACGAGAAGAACAAAAUCAUAUCAUGAAUGGCUAUAGCAUCAAUCAUCUUAUGUGUCAUCAAAAUAUUGACUGA